AUGAAGAUAGCUUUAGAAACAAAACAAACCUGGUUAGCAGCUGGUGGAUCUUUGGGUGCAGACGCGAAUCAAUUGAAUUCUCCGCGUGGUGUAACUGUCGACCAAUCUGACAAUGUUUAUGUCGCUGAUAGCCUCAAUCAUCGAAUAGUACGCUGGCUCGUAGGCGCUACAAUAGGUACUGUAAUUGCUGGAGACCGCGUUAAGGGUUCCAAAUCAUAUCAACUCAACACCCCUCGUGAUCUACAAUUCGAUCAAGAUGGGAAUCUUUACGUUGCCGAUACACUUAACCAUCGUGUACAAAAAUUUAUCAUCGACAAAAGUGCAUGUUAA